AUGGCUGCCAACCGGAGGGUGAUCCAUUUCACCGAGGCCAUGAAGUUGGUCUACGGAAACAUCGAUCACGUAUCGGAAGACGCCGCCCGCAGCUGGACCGCCCCCGACAAGCCCGGCGCCGGUGGCCAUCGUGGGCGGUACCUCUGGACAGAUGCCUUCGGCGUCGUCAACCUCAUCACCCUCUCCAGGGAAACCUCCUCUCCGGUCUACCUCACUUUGGCCAGGCAGCUUGCCAAGACGGUCCACGACGUUCUCGGCCGCACCCGCGACGGCGGAGCCCGCCUGCCCGGGGCCACCGACGCCGAGCCCCUCGGCGGCGGCCUCCGCAUCGGCAAGCUCGACGAGCAUGGCCCGGACUGCGACGGCCAGUAUCACCACUACCUGACCCUCUGGAUGUUUGCGCUCAACCGCCUCGCUCUCGCGACCGGCGACAAGGACUAUAACCGGCUCGCCGUGCAGCUGGCCAAGGCCAUCCACCCGCGCUUCGUCAUCCGCCGAGACGGAGGCGGCCGUGACCACGACGCCGUCCGCAUGGUCUGGAAGGUCUCCACAGACAUGGACACCGUCCUGGUGCCGUCCGAAGGCCACCUGGACGCGGCGACCGGGUUCGUGGUCUACCGGCUGCUGCAGCAGACAGCGGAGCGUCUGGAUGGUCCCUCGUCCUCGGGCAUCCUGGCCCGCGAGAUUGACGAUUACAAACGGCUCAUGAACCGAGGCGGGAAGCUGACGGCGAGUCGGGACCCGCUCGACCUGGGCAUGGGGCUGUGGAUGUGUCAUUUCUACAAGGAGGAAGACUGGGCCACGCGGCUGGGGAAAGAGAGUCUCGAGAUGGCAAGGAUCAUACUGGAUGCGAAGAAGGGAUUGAUGGCACGGGACGCAUCAAGACGGCUGGCGUUCAGGGAAUUUGGCACGUGUCUGGGCUUGCGGUGCUACGGGACCGACGAGGAGAUUGAGAGCGGGGUGGAGGCGGUGGUGAACUUCUGGCACCAUUACAUCGAAUCCUCCACGGAGGAGGACCUUCGCCCGAUCUCGCUGGUCAUGUACGCCGCAGCCUUGAUACCUGGAGGUGACACGAGCACGGUGCCGAUCGGCAAGCGGAGCAUCCCCGCCAUCUUCGCCCGCGGAGGCACAUCCAACGGCCUCGUGCUUUGGAAGAAGGACCUGCCGCCCAGCGCCCAGUGUAUACUGGACAUGGCCGGCAACUGCGGCAACAUGCUGUCCAUCGUCGGGCCGGUCGCCUUUGAUGCCGGCCUGUCUCAGCAUCGCGAGCCGGAGACCGACUCUGAAACCGGCGAGCGGACGGCUGUGGUGCGCAUCUUGAACACGAACACGCGCAAGGUCGUGCACUCAAGGUUCCGCAUCAGUGGUGACCCUCCUUCGUAUUGCCCACAGGGAGCCUACGAGAUGGAUGGAGUUCCCGGGAAGCAAUCGAGAAUCAAUCUCGGCUUCAUCAGCCCCGGCGGCGCCGCCACCGGCAAGACUUUGCCAACAGGCAACCCGGUCGACACGCUUGACCUGCCGGACGGCAGCACCAUUGAGGCUUCCCUCGUCGAUGUGUCCAACCCGGGCGUCUUUGUCCGCCUGUCAGACCUCGGCAUUCAGGAUCCCGCCUCCCUGACUCCUACCGCCGUCGAGGCCGACGCGCCGCUCAAAGCCCGCCUGGAACACAUCCGCCGCGCCGGUGCCUCCUUAAUGGGUCUCGAUCCCAACACGGAGAGCGUACCCAAGAUUGUGCUCGUGUUCCCGUCCGACGUUACCCGGCAGAGCGGUGGCGUCAACAUCAAGUGUCUCGCUCUGUCCAUGGGCCAGGCACACAAGGCGGUUCCGCUGACGUUGGGGCUGUGUUUGGGCGCCGCCGCGCGACUGCCGGGAACAAUACCGCACCAGCUCGCUGUCGGCGCUAACGAGAGCGACACCAUUGUCGUUGGCCACCCGGGAGGCAAGCUGGACGUUUCCGCCAAGGUCGAGGACGGGCAGGUCCUGACGGUCGAUCUGUCGAGGACUGCGCGCGUGCUAAUGACGGGAUCAGUAUUUUACUAA